AUGGCCUCCUCGAUCAGCUUCUGUCUCUUCUUCUUCUUCAUCUCGGCGACUUUGGCUGAGCUACCUGGAGGGUUGAAGGGAUGCAAACUAUCUUCUAAGGACUUCGCCAAGUGCCUGGCUCAGGAAGUGAACCGUUCUCUGAAAGUUUUUAAAGGGGGCAACAAGAAGUUAGGAAUUAGCCCAAUCGAUCCCUUCAAGUUCCAGAAACUCUCCAUCGACCAAGGCACUGGGCCAGUCGCUAUCAAACUGGACUUUAAAAAUCUAAACCUUGAUGGAGUCUCCAACACAAAAGUACUUGAUGCGAAGACUGAUUGGAAAGAAAUGUCCUUCAAAGCCAAUCUGGACAACCUAAUUAUAACUGGAGACUACAAUAUUGCAGGAAAAGUUUUAGUCCUCCCAAUUUCUGGAAAUGGUGCUAGCAACAUAACUAUGACUGACACUGAUGUAACUGCAAAGAUGAAGCUUAAAGAAUUCCAAAAGGGUGGAAAAUCUUACUUCAAAGCUGAGACUUUCGAACUAGGCAUCUUUCCAAAGAAGACGUUUUUCAAUUUACAGAACCUUUUCAACGGAGACAAAGCCUUAGGCGAUAACAUGAAUUUGUUUCUGAACGAAAACCACGCUCAGAUCGUGAACGAACUGAAACCAGCGAUAUCAAAGGCACUUUCUCAAGGUUUCCUCCAAGUCGCAAAUCAAGUGUUUUCGAAAAUCCCAACAAAUGAAAUCAAAAUUGCUUAGUCAAAGAUAUUACGAGAUAUAUCUUUUUCUCAAGAAAUUUUAUUAAUUGUACAAAUUAAAUUAUAACUUGUUGUUUAGAACGUUAGCUCUGUCAAAUGGCAAUCCCUUUGUACAUAAAUUAUUAAUAAUUUUAAUAUAUUCAUAAGAAAAUAAUCAUCUUCAUCAAAAGAAAAUAAUGUUAGUAAUACCAUCUCAGGUAUAUUUGUAGUUAAUUAAUUCUGUGAUGUCUAUUUUAUUUUUACAUUAUGUCCACGAAUGUUACAUUAAAAAACAAGAGGUAUUUAAAAAAAAAAUUGUAACUGAUUCGGUCAGUUCAACUUUAUUUUAAUUUUAUGUAAGUUUUUUUAAUUUUAAAUACCAUAGUACCAU